AUGCUAUUUAGAUUCCGCUUCCAGAAGGAUGAUUCAAGAGAGAGGCGCGCGUUUAUCGAGAGUUUGAAUCUUGAUUGGGAGCCCGUGAGCGAGGAGGAACGGAAUCAGGUUGCUGAAAAUCUGCUCGCUGCCACUCCCGCGCUGCGACGUGUGGAUGAGGAGACCUGGUACAAAGUUGAUUGGGAGAAGGUUGCGGAACUGGUUGAGCGACGAUCUGUGUUCAUGAAGCGCGGUAAGGCCUAUGUGCCGGGCAGGGAACAGCUUAGCAUGAUCAUGGCUGAAUUCACCGCUCGCCUGGAGCGUUCAUUGGAGCUCACAAGCCGAGCCCUACCACGCCUGGAUGAAGACGACCGCCUGACUCCCAUCUUGAACCACUUGUCCAAGAAUUUUGGCAGUGCCGAAUCAGUCUACUCCGAAGGCGAGGGCCAUGUCGACGGCGCAGCUAUCACCGCCAGCUCCAUUGACUCGCUCUCCCAGCACUUCCCCCUGUGCAUGCGCAGCUUACACAUCAACUUGCGAAAGAACAAUCACCUGAAACACUUCGGACGACUUCAAUACACGCUUUUCUUGAAAGGUAUUGGCCUAUCGCUCGAGGAGUGUAUUCUCUUCUGGCGUCAAUCCUUCAAGGGAAAGACAGAUGACGAGUUCAAUUCGCAAUACAAGUACAACAUCCGUCACGCCUACGGCGAUGUUGGUGGUGACGUGAACCGUCGUGGUCGUGGCUACCCACCUUACUCAUGCCAGAAGAUCCUGGGAGACAACAACGUUGGAGUUGGACAGGCACACGGAUGCCCGUACCGCCAUUUCUCUGUCGAUAACCUGGUCGGACUACUCCAAUCCACCGGUGUUCAUGACAAGGAGGUACUCCGUGGCGUUCGAGAGGACGUCGGCAAGCAGCGGUAUCAUAUUGCGUGCAACCGAGUCUUCGAAUGGAGCCACAAGACCGAAAUCAAGAAAGUCAAGGAGGAUGGGACAUGGGGCCAGGCGGAUCUGGACACGAUCGUCCAUCCCAACACUUACUUCAAGCGCAGCUAUCUGCUAAAGACGCUGGCCAAGGCUCCGCCCCGAGGCGAGGCUUGA